AUGGUCAAGUUCAUCAAGGCUGGUAAAGUUGUCGUCAUUUUGCAAGGCCGCUAUGCUGGCAAGAAGGCCGUUGUCGUCCGCAACCACGAUGAGGGUACCAAGGACAGACCCUACGGUUACGCCGUUGUGGCCGGUAUUGAGCGUUAUCCCUUGAAGGUGACUAAGGCCAUGGGCAAGAAGAAGGUCGCCAAGCGCUCCAAGGUCAAGCCUUUCAUCAAGAUUGUCAACUACAACCACAUGAUGCCCACUCGCUACGGUUUGGAAUUGGAACAGAUCAAGGGCACCAUCUCUUCCGAAACUUUCAAGGAACCUACUCAGCGUGAAGAUUCCAAGAAGGUUAUCAAGAAGCUCUUUGAGGAACGUUACCAGACUGGCAAGAACAAGUGGUUCUUCAGCAAGCUUAGAUUCUAAGUGUUUUUCCCCCCCACGGAUCCUCUUUCUUGUCCCCUGCUAUCGUAAAUAAAUAGAUUGUAAUAUCACUACGUUUUCCAGGUGGUCAAUGCGUGCUUCAUCGGUAGACAGUGGUGGAAAGCAUGCAUUUUAUUCAACUACACGCGCCGGCCGCCGAUCUCUAAAAAAGCUUCCACUCAUAUAGCCAACCUCGGAAAUAGAAGACUAGGGGUUAAUCACACAUUUAGAUCACAGGAAAUUGAUCAAUGGGAAAGAUAUUGAUAAACUUUUUCGUUGAAUUCGAUACCGCAGUCAUAGUGAUAUCAACCACGACGAAAUCGAUUACGGAUUAUACCGUGCUGCCUCGAUAGGAGAACACGAAUCCAUCUGUAAAAAUAUCAGAUUCCUUGUUUUUGAUAAUGUACGUAUUAUCGUAUUUAUUGUAAUAAGGGAACAGACCGUCCAAGGUGGCA